UUCCCCCCGACACGGAAAUAUCUAUUUCUGGGGGCAGAUGCAAAUCCCUAGGCAAAUAAGCGCGGCCCCGUGGCUGCCCGUCACCUCUUGGGGCUGUGGGGCUGCAGGUUUGGUGGUGCUGGGGGGUAGUUUGGAGGGGCUGGGGGGCCAGUGCAGCAGGGAGCCUCCAGGGAGGCUGACAGCACCUCUUUCCCCCCCCAGGUCCCUGCACCUUGCUGCGGAGAUGCCGGAUCUGCCUUUCCUGCCUUUCUGCGCCUUGCUGGGCAGCCUGGGGCUGGGCUGCGUGGCCUUGGUCAGCGCGUGGUGCCAGCACUGGCGCGGUGGCUUUGCCUGGGAUGGCAGCGCCCGCAUGUUCAACUGGCACCCAUUGCUGAUGGUGACGGGCAUGGUGGUGCUGUAUGGAGCAGCGGCUCUGGUGUACCGCCUGCCCCCUGCUUGGCGUGGCCCCAAGCUGCCCUGGAAGAUGCUACACGGCAUGCUGGCACUGACAGCCUUCAUCCUCGCUGUGCUGGGGCUGGUGGCUGUCUUCAGCUUCCACAAUGCGAGCGGGACACCCAACAUGUACUCGCUGCACAGCUGGCUGGGGCUGGCCACCGUACUGCUCUUCUCCUGCCAGUGGGUGGCCGGCUUCAGCGCUUUCCUGCUGCCCUAUGCACCCAUGUGGCUUCGUGCCCUCUACAAGCCCGUCCACAUCUUCUUUGGCUCCACCAUCCUUAUGCUCUCCGUGGCCUCCUGUGUGUCAGGCAUCAAUGAGAAGCUCUUCUUCAGCCUGAAGAACGGGACAGCGUCGGUGCCGUACAAACUCCUUCCCCCUGAGGCCGUCUUUGCGAACAUUUUGGGGCUUCUCAUCAUCCUCUUUGGGGUGCUGGUGCUGUGUGCCCUGGCCAAGCCCAGCUGGAAGCGCCCCGAGGCCGACUCCCUUGACACUCACCAGCCCCUACUUGGUGCAGAGCACUGACACUUCUGAGGUCUCUCCCACUGCUGCCGGCACCAGGAUCUCUGACCCCCAUGCCUGGACUGCAAUCCGUGCCAAAGCCCCAAGCCCUGCGGUGCCAUCCUGGGAGCUUUGUCAGGUCAGGAGCUGCCAGAGAAGCUCUCCGUGCCAAGGGACCUGGCCCAGGACCAGCUGCCCUGGCCCUGUCUCCUCUGCAGGAACAGCAGGAGCCUUUGCACCAUGCCUUGCCCAUUGUGGGGAUGCUUGUGUGGAGGUGGGACCAGCCCAGCAGCCCAAUGGACACCUAAUAAACUGCUGGCUUCCUUCCUCA